AUGAAUGAUGUUAAUGUUCCUCAAGGGUCUUCAUCUAGUAAUCCUUAUGUGCCACCUCAUAAGAAGACUCGUGAGGAUACUUUACAAACUUUUAUGCAGGGACAGACUCAAAUAAAUCAGAAUACCUUGCAGACUUUGGAUGAGCUGAAAACUAGCAUAGGAUGUAUUGAGUCACGUCUCAAUGUUACGGAGAAAGGGACAUUACCUUCCCAAACUCAACCAAACCCGAAAGGCCAGUAUGAAGCUAAUAAUGCUAAUAUUGAACAAGCUCAGGUUGUUACAACACUUAGAAAUGGUAAGGUGAUAGAGACUCCAAUGAAGGUGAAAGUUAAAAUUCCUCUCUUGGGUGUGAUUAAGCAAAUUCCAGUGUAUGCCAAGUUCAUAAAGGAUCUUUGCACCAUCAAAAGGAAGCAUAAUGUGCAGAAAAAUGCACUCCUCACGGAACAGUUGGGCUUAGGUGAAUUAAAACCCACCUCGACCACUCUACAACUUGCGGAAAGAUCAGUUAAAGUACCGAGAGGGGUAGUUGAGGAUGUGUUAGUUCAAAUCGAUAAAUUUUACUAUCCAGUGGAUUUUAUUGUUUUGGAUACUCAACCUGUGGUUAAUGAUAGUAAUGAAAUACCUAUCAUUUUAGGUCGCCCUUUCCUUGCAACUGCCAAUGCUUUGAUUAGUUGUCGAAACAGUAUAAUGAAUCUUUCGUUUGGUAACAUGACCAUUGAAUUAAACAUCUUUGAUGCAUGUAAAUACCCAAGUGGUGAUGAUGAUAUUCAUGAGGUUAGUAUGAAUGAAACAAUUAUGCAGGAAAAGUUAUCUCAUCUAGAAUCUAGGGAUGCAUUAGAAUCCAGUCUUCUUAACCUUUUGGAUUUCGAUGAGGAUGGGUCCAUUGAAGAAGUCAAUUCCUUACUGGAUUCAUCCCCAUUACUGGAUACAAAUAAGUGGCGGUCUAGAUUUGAAUCACUUCCAAACAGUGAGACCAAGCCACUACCUUCAUCCAUAGAAUUCCCAAAGCUUGACCUUAAGCCACUUCCUAGUGACCUGAAAUAUGCUUUUUCAGCUAACUUAAUGAAGAGAAGGAAGCGAUGCUUUUGGAUGUUCUUAGGAAGCACAGAAGUGCCGUAG